ACACAAAAAACAAAAGAAGUAAUUGCAUACUGUCUUCAUGUACCAUUUCAUGUCAAUAAUUAUAGAAAUUUAAUGUCAAGUUGUUGCAUUAUUAUUGCAUACAAACUUCAGCUAGGACGAAAUUGAAAAAGAAAUUAAGAAAUGGAAGAUUCAAAAAUAGAAAAAACAGAAGAAGAAGAGAACGAAGAAGCACAGGCAGAAGUGGAAAUAUGGAAAUACAUUUUUGGAUUCUGCAAUAUGGCAACAGUUAAGUGUGCCAUUGAGCUUGGAAUAGCCGACGCCAUUGACAGUCAUCAGCAAGGUCUCAUGACGCCAUUGACAGUCAUCAGCAAGGGUCGUUCUACAGUACAACUUAAGUUUAGUACCACGAGCGUUCAUCGCUCUCUGCCUUUGAUUUUUCAAUUGGGGACCUCCCUAAAUUUAACCAGUUCAGUACAAUCAAACGACUUCAUCUGCCCCGGGCCAGUUGGAUCAUGAGAUAUCUUUGAUUUUCUUUUUUAGAUUUAUUCCUAUUGAUGGAGGGGAAGCACUUUUGGAAGAUCGAAGAACUCUCUACCCAUUGGCAAAUUUCUCAGUGUGCUCUCGUGGGUGCAUUGGAGAUGUCCAUGUAUAUCAGUCGGUUAGAGUUUUUUCAACGGGCAAUUACCAGACGGCAUGAAUAGCUUCAGACAUUGAAAUGGUUAGCAAUACUUUGAUGUUUCUGUGUAAAAUAUUAUAGUUGUUAAUUUGAAUUUCAGUUUAUUUGAUGAAUCAUUAUUUGGCUUUGUGAGGUUUUGGGAUGAGGAAUGAAAUCACGUGGAAAAGGUGAGCUUUGAAAUUGAGUUAGCUGCCAUUGCCAAUCAAUGAAUUUCCAGUUAGCGAUGAAAGUGGUUGUUUUGAGAUGUGCAGGCUCCAUGAGUGAUGUUACCUGUGGUCUUUGUUUUCCUGGACAACGUUUUUGAGUAAUAAGAGGAAGCUUAUUAUGUUCAGAGUAUAAACGCAUCUGUUGGUGUUGUUUUUAUUAUUGAAUUUGAUUUAUCAUGACUCCUUUAUUCUUGUUUUUUUAUUUUCAUUUAGUAGGUUAUUCUCCCUUUGAGGGGUAAAAUUCUAAAUGUAGAAAGAAAAGAUGAAACUACAAUGUACAAGAAUCAAAAAAUUCAAAAUCUGUUUCUAAAACUCUUGAAUAUCUUCAAUAUUGAAGUUGCAACAUGAAA